AUGGCUGCAGACGGCCGAAAUGCGAUCGAAGUCCUACCCUCCAUCCCUGUCGGCAGGUCGCCCAACCACACACGGCAUUUUUCGUCCAGCGGGCAGACUUACACGAACUCAACUGGCUCUUCUGCUGCUAGCACGCCGCCUCAGGUGCCUAUUUCGAUUGUUGACGAGAGUUUCGAAGGGGUGGAUCUGGAGAGUCAAUCACCAGUAGGUCCACGUGCCGUAUACCACAAGAGGAGCCCGCCACCGAACGAAAUAGCCGAUAACCGUCGACCAUUUGAGUACUUUGGAGAGCAGAAACGCUACACGGGACCUCACUAUGGUGAUGAUCAUGGUGAAGCUAACAAAUUUUCCGGCUCGACUUAUCAACCUUUGUUUCUUCAGCAAGCAGCCGGCCCAGAGGGUGUAUCUGGGGCAAAAUUCGUCGACAAACCACAGACAUACGGGCGUAUUGAAGGUUCGGGUGCGAGUCAAAGACCGAGUCAGCAUUCAAAUUUUCGUGCACCGCUAUUCUCGAAGCUGGAUGGAACCAAUGGUCAUAAUAAUGAAGAGGUGUGCAAAGGUGCCCCGCGCAUAACUAAUGGCGAGCAUGGCAUGAUGCGAAAAAAGAACCUCAGAGAGGAGGCUACUUGGGCAGGUCCUAGUGGCGAAAAUAAGCCCCCACAAGAGCCAGAGCAGGAAAUGCACGCUGUUGCUCAGGCUGACCACAAUGUGCAUCGUGGCUUGACGUCUUCUCCGCCCACCCUCGCCCCCAAUGGCGCUCUGCAGGACGAAGACGACGUUGCCCGUCAACCCUUUCUGGACAGGCCUACGCCGUUUAUCCGUUCUGUCACUCGGGAUCAUCUGCCAGGGCAUGAACCGAUGGUACUUUCCACCGAUAGAGGUCGGCCAUUGGCGGGGUCUCGCUUUCCUAGGAUUCGCCGAGAGAUGAUGAACGAGCGAAGCCCGCACCCUUCGAGCGAGGCAAUCUUGUCAAACCCGUCAACUUAUGCCCCUAAUAAGAAGAACAUAUGCAGAUCUUGUCACACUCCCGGGAACGGCUUGUCACCUCUUGUGUGGUGCAAAACAUGUCACGCAGGCUAUCAUAGUCAGUGCGAAAGCGCAACGACCCGUCAAAGGUAA